UUCACUGUUGAACUGUCACAGGGGUAACAUUGAGUUUUUGGUUAGCCGGGUGAGCGAAUAUUGGAAUAUUCUAAAUUUCAACAUGGAAAGAAAUAUGAGGUUGAAACCUAAGUGUUGUGUUCCAAAUUGUGAGGAUAGGACAUGCAAGCGUCAUCGGUUUCCGAAUCCAGAAAAAUAUCCUACUCUCUUCAAACUUUGGGUGGAAAAAGUGAAUAAUUCUAUCCUGAAAAAUAAAACACCACAACAGAUACGGAAAACAUAUCUUGUUUGUGAUAGACAUUUUCCAGAAAAUUACAAAACAGAGGGCCGAAAAGGAAUUUGGGAUACUGCUUACCCGUCCUUGUUUCUUCCUGAUGAAAGUAAUGAUGUUCUGGAAAUGCAAGAAUGUACCAAUGUUCCAGAGAUCCAUGAAGGCAACAAUGAUCUGAUGAUAGGGGAACCUGCUGGCUGUUCAAAUUCAAUCCACUUAUUGAGACGAGGAGCAGUCAAGAAAAGGGUGAUGAUGAACAUUCACGAAAAAAAUUUACUGAAAAGACUGACUUAUCAGAAUAGACGAAUUCAGAAGAUGUCUGAUGAAAUCAGUCUUUUCAAAAAUAGAUUAAGAUGUGCACAAAAGCUCAAUUCCUCACUGAAUUUGAAUAAAAUAUUGAAAUAUGUAUCUCAAUGCACCAUAAAUUUUAUUCAGUCUCAGUUGAGGAACCAACGGCUUCAACCAAGGGGUUGGCGAUUUUUUUCUUAUCUCUAUUUUUUUAAGUUUAAUAUUCAUAUUCAACGUUCACGCGUGAAUGUCGUUCUGUCGAGCACGUCUCGGUGA